CAAAAUCAACAAGCGGCGGCGGCGGGCGGCUAUUUUUUUGUCGCAUGAAUUUUCAUAAUCAUUCUGUGAAUUUGAUCUUUUUAUUAUAUCCAACGUAAUUUUCAAUUAUUGAAGCAGUGUUUCACGUGACCAGUAUUUUUUUUUACUUUUUGUAACUGGAAAUUAUGUUUAGUUUUCGUUUGUAGAAGUGACAGAUGUUUCGUUCGUAAACGCGGCAAUAAAAGCUUCCCGAACCUAAAUAGCACCAAGAAAUGGAAGAAACCAAUGCAAUUCUAUCUGAAAAUGACUCAGUUCACGUUAUAUCAGAUUCUUCAGUGCCAACGGAUGACAGCAACAAGGUGCCAUCAAAGACAUACUCCAACGGGAACUCCUCCAACCUCUUCCCGGAUAGUCCUGUGUAUGAACCCGAAGACAGCCAAAUUGUUGACAUGAAGAGUGAUAACACAAUUUCUCUCAUUGAUGACGACAAGAACUCUGAAAAUAUGAAGAACAAAAAUGAUGAUAGCACACAACAAGGAAAGAGGAAACUCAGCAACGGUUCUGGUGAUAACAGUGCCAAGAUUCCGAAGCUGGACAGCGAAGACUUCAAAAUAUUGUCAGAACCUCUUGAUGAGGAAGUUUCCAAAAUCAACAAGUCAGCCAUGUCAAAACUACAAGAUGACGUAGCCGGGCCCUCAACAUCCCGUGUCCGCACACCAUCUCGAACUGGACGGACUCCUAAGAAAGUGUCUAAAAGGAGUAACAGCUCUGAAGUUUCAUCACCUCGGACUCCUAAAACAAAGUCCAGGCCGGCUAGUGCUGACAUUGUCAAACAAAGGAAAACACCGAAGAAGGUGCAAUUGGAACCGUUCAAUGAUAAAAUGUCAGAGGAGUUUCACAUUAUUAGCUCGGACAGCUCCACAUCUCGCCCCAGUGUGGAGUUUGUGAAAGAAAUACCACCACCCAAGGAUGCCUCCUGUGACCCAAUAGCAGAGGAGUCUGCCAGUGAUCUCAAUGACUCUCAGAACUUCCAUUUAGUACUUUCACCAUCUCCUGAGGAGGAUAGUGAAGAGAAGCCAAAGUACAAAUCAAAUAGUGACCCAAAUGUGGUAAAGGAUAGAGAAGAGGUCCUUGACCCAGGGAAGAUCAGUCAAACCAGGAGUGAGGGCUACAACUAUUCAGACCUGAGCUCCAAUCUCUCUCAGCCAAUCAAAUCCAAAGAUUACGGUAAAGAUAAAGCCACAGAUCAAGAGAGUACUGACAGUAUGUGCUCCACCAUCAUUGACAGCCCUGACACUAUCCCGACUGUCACUUCUAAGUUGAUCUCAAAACUUUCCAAUGGUAACUCCUCAACACCUACAGAACAAGCUUUGGAAAACACCAAACAUACGGCUGUGGGCGAUGGAGAAACUCCCGAUAUGCUCACAAUCAACGGCAAGAAAGGAAAGAGAGCACAUGAGUCUUUCAAGAUGAGCAACACCAAUACACCCUCAACCAUCUCGCCCCUGCAAAAUGGACACUCACUACCUAUAAAUACACCUCACAUUCCCACAUUCGACAUGCAUGUUAGCCACAAUGAAGACGGCGAAUUCAUGUCCUUGUAUAUUGUUAGAACUGACAAUGAUAUGGGCAUGGACAUGUAUAAAGAAUACCAAAGGUUCUCGAAAAGAUUCACUAUAGACCCCUACAUGGGUGAUAUAUCUAGCAGCAACUCUCCAAACAGUGUCACCAGCACUGGAAUGAUAUCUCUGCCGAACAGGAUCUCUUACGUGUCCACUACAAGCUCAACUUCUAACGCCAGCAGUCGGACAAGCGAUGGGGCUUUCGUUGUGCCGCAACCACCCAGAAAAUCAGUAUCGCAUCCAUCCUCAACCACCGUCAAAGGAUGCGAAGCCUUAAUGAAGAAGAUACAAGAGGUAUUUGCCCACGUCCGAGAGUCGUCCAUUGAUGAGGGAAAUCGUUCUACCAGCGACGAGAAAGUGUCUGUUGGCAUCCAGGCGUCACCUUCAAGCGAGGCCACUCUGAGCAACGGCAAUGCCAGUCCAGGGGAAGUUAGCAAAUGCGACAAAGCAACCCCUAAGAGCUCUCUCAAGAAGACGCGAGUUAGAGGCCGUCGACCCCUAGCCGGUAAAGCGAAGCGCGCCAUCCUGCCCACACAAGCCGAAGAGCCAGAAUACAUGCAAGGAAUCAACUCGCCAGAAAUGGUUCCGAGUACCUCCGAAAACGGGAAGACCUCACCAAAGCCGAGCAAAGAUGACAAGCCAUUAUCGACUUUGGUUGCAACUCCUAAGUCAGUUAACAAGUUGAAGCAAAAACGAAGCCGGCCAACGUCUCCUAGACCGGCUACUCCGGUUGAGAAGGCUGUUGUGAAGCCAGAAUACCCAGGAUACCCGCCUGGGACAGUGGUUCUAGCGCGAUGGGUGGACAGUUGCUACUAUUCCGGUAAAGUGAUGGAGAUAACUGAGCCUAACAAGUACUUGAUCAAAUUCGAUGAUGGGCAGUCCAAAGCUUUGUUAGAUGAGUUCAUAAUCUUUGGUAACAAGAAGUCUUUGCCGUUGCAAGGGCAGUCGGUGUAUGCCAUGAUAGAUGAGGAGCAGAACUAUGAGCCAGGGUUGGUUUUGGAGGUGGAAGAGAAUGGCAGUGGCACUGUGACGUAUCGGUGCACUACUGAUGGUGACACAACAGUAAGCGUGACAGCGAGCGAGCUGUAUCUCUCCGAAGACCAGGCCAAAUGCUACCGAGCCACUGCGCGGCCGCCGCCCCCGCCCACUACACCGCGCCGCCCGCGCCUCAGGGAACUAGACCUGGAUAAUAUUAUACAGGGUCCCCGGAGCGCCCGGUCGCGCGACAAGGGCAGCUCCAGCGCGAGGAAACGAGUCGCCUCACCGAAGAGUCCUAAAGCUUCUACCUCAGGCCUAAAAUCCAAGACCACGCCCGUCUCCCGCAAACGUGUAGCCAGCGAGAGCAGUUCCAUCAGCGAGAGCAGCAACUCGGCCCCCCCCGCGCGACUAGAGGAGGUGGCGGGAGUCGAGCCCGAGAUGCACAAGACGCCACGGAAGAUUGAUGGUGUUAAAGCGGGCCCACUGCAACUCAAAGGCGCGGCGAAACAGAACAUCGGCAAGAAGAACUCCAAACUGACAAAGUUCGAGAACGACGAAGCCACAGUCUCAGUACUGGGCCCGGCGCCGCCCGCUGACAGCGAGAUCUUCGCCGGCAUGCACUUCCUGCUCACGUGCACUGAGGCGCCGAGGCACACUGACGCUGAGAAGGAGAGCCGUCACUACUCGUCUGAAGACGACAGUUCAAUGGCCGGCACCGAUACCGAAGAGCUGGUGUUCACGGACAUCCCCUUCCACAAGGAGCGCCUGCGCGAGCAGCUGCAGGCCGGCGGCGGCGUCGUGCACAGCCACUUUGACGACGUACCAAAGAACAAAUAUUCCGUCUGCAAGCUGAUAGCACCUCGGCCCUGCCUCACUGCCAAGUACAUACAGUGUCUGGCGGCAGACAUAAGGGCGGUUCUACACACGUGGGUCAUAGCUUCCUGUACUGAUGGGCUGAAGGACUUUGACUCUUAUACGCUGCCUGCUGGGUGGUCGCUUUUCACUAACAAGUUUGUUAAUUGGGCGCCGACCUCGGGCAAACGCAGCACAUCAUUCUUCAAAGACAAGCUGAUCCUUCUCUGCAGCGACCAGGAGUCCUUCGUCAAGUUCUGGGACCGCGUGUGCACCCUCGCCGGAGCCAACACCAGAAUCAUCACCGAAGAAGACAUGAACAUGGGCUCACCUAUAGCCCUGGUCACCGACUGUGACUGCCCUCACGUGGUCCAGAAUAAAGCCAACCAAGAUAACAUCCCUCUAGUGUCCACCACCUGGGUUGUGCAGUGCCUGAUCGAAACCAGGGUCAUCCCCCCCACCUCCCACGACAAGUUUUCGUUCAUGUAUACGGAACCCGAAUGAUAUGACUUCAAAAAAGUGCUCAUAAUACGUGAAUUUUGACACUAAAGUGACAGGUUCGCGUGGCGGGGCGCUUUUUGUGAUCCGGUUUAAAGUGAUGGGUUAGUGCGGUGUGGACGCGAAGUUUUCGAUGUGUUUUUCAGGUUUCAAGUGUUGUCUCCUCUUGGCUGUUCUCUUUUCGACGGUUCUACGGACUUUCUAAAUGUUAGAAUGAUAUGAAAUUGCUGUUGUAUUGUAGUAGGAAAAACGUUUUCUGGAAAUUUUAAUUAAAUGGAAUAUUGUGAGAUAUAAAUUAUGUAUAAGGGAUUGUUAGGAGUCUGUCCCGGUUAACGAAAAAGUUA